GGGGAGGGAGGAGGGAAUGGUGUGGAGCCUAAACCGAGCAAGCGAAGAUGAAGGUGAUCGAGAGGAUCAUAACAAUCGAGUACUUCGACCAGAGAAUGUCUCGACAGAUCGCCGGUAAGUUCCCGGACGCCACCGCCUACGAUUUCGACUACCAACAGAGCGGAAUCUGGUCGCCGUUGCUCCCGCGGGGCACCUUUCCCGUCAGUUCCUCCGGCGACCAUUUGGAGUCUCUCAGGAAGAGAAGGAGAUGCUCAAUUGGGCGGAGUCCCCUCUUUGCGAAGCCGAUGAAAUCCGUGAAGAGAAAGAAGAAGAAGAAGGGGAAGGCUCUGUGCUUCAAUCUGGCAAAUGGAGCAACGCCAAAGAAAGCCUGGUAUCGAUUGUUUGGUGCUGCUUCCAAGUGCUUGAAGAAGACACAGGGUGGGCCUUCUCUGCAGCUCGGAAUGCCAACUGUUGAUUGUUGAAAUUGAGAUUGUCUUCUCGAUUCUGUAAUGAAGUUUCAUUCUUAGCUGGCAUCCUCGUGCCCCGUAAUGUACUUAUUAAUUAGUUGCUUUGCAUUUGUGAGAUAUGUACUCUCUCUCUCUCUCGCUUUCUGCUUUGUGAUAGUGAAACAUGAAGUGCUGCAGAAAGAAGAUCAGCUCCAGCUAAAUCUAAUCAUGAGUUUAGAUCUUUUAUUCAA